GGUGCCUUGAAUGUCAGAUUAAAUCGACUUGUUGCACCAAUGAGUGUAUCGAGCUCUCCUGUGUUAUUAUUGGCCCAAUGGAUGUAAUUUUCCAAUUUUAUGCGUUUAAGCUUUUUAACAAUGAUACGCAUCCAUCUUGAAAUUGCCACCAACUAUACUAUACAGCUUCUGGGACAGAUUCACUAUAGAACCGGAUCAUUGUUGCCGUCAGGGAGUGGAGAGGAAAAACUUCUUCAAAUUUGUUAAAUUUUGCGAUUAACCGUGCUAUGAAAUGCUGCACAAUUAGAGAAUUCCAAGAACUUCUUUACGGACAUAACACUUUCGUUAGGUUAUUUAAAGCGGCAGAUGACUACCAAACCAUAAUCUUAGCAGAUGAAUGUGCCGGGUCUGCUAGUAGUUUUAUAAAAUUUUAAAUAAUUAUUUUCUUUUUUAGCAACUAAGGAGCAACUUCGAGAACUCAAAAGCAAACUGGCUGAACGCAAAUACUAUUUUACUGAUCAGCAAACGCAAGUGCUUCUGCAAACAAUAUGUGAUACAGUGAAAGAUCAACCUGCGUGCUUUGAGAAACCGACAUCAGAGAUAUUUUAUAAUACAAUCAAGAGCAAAGCGCCCAUUCUAAAAAAUUUUGCCUGGACAUCAUUGCGAAACAAGAUGCAAGCCAUACGGGCAUGGUACUUGGAGACUUUACAGUGGAAAGAGAAAGGCAUCGACCCUACAUUGGUGGUCAACUCCAAAAGAUUGCGUAAUAUCGUGAAGUAUGUUGAAAAGUUAUCGCCCUUUUGGGAUACGCUCGGUGUUCUUUUUAACCACAACAAAAUUGGUAGACCAAGUGUGGUGUAUGAUACCGCUCAAGACGUUGAGCUGAAAACAAGUACUUUCGAUAGUAGUUCCAACGAUUCAAAUGACGUUCAAUUAGUACUGAAGUAUGAGGCUACUGAUCCACAGUAUUCAACAUCGCAGAGCUCAUCCGAUUUUACAACAACGAUUGUCAACAGGAGCACCCUGGAGACUCAAACAAUGCCACAGAGCAUUAUGGAAGCUACACAAACCAUCGCUGAUAAUUGUGCAGCUACAACAACAACAACUCCGCCAAAUACAGACGCUAGCAAUCGCACCGGUUUAAUUGACGACAAUUUGGAAUUUAUCAAGCUUGAGCCUGAUAGUCCACAACCUUCAAUGUCACAGCGCUCAAUAAAUUUUAAAUUGAGUCCACGUGAGACUGCGCAACCAUCGCAAAAUUCGCAGUUGAUUAAAGAACAGAACUCAACAUUGGAAAGGGAAAAAAUAGAAUUGGAAAGUGAAAAGCUUAAAAUAGAAAGAGAAAAAUUAGAAUUAGAAAAAGAAAAAGUGCGAAAUGAUUUUGAGCUGAAAAAAUUAGCAUUACAAAACGAAUUUGAGUUAAAAAAAGUAGAAAUUGCAUUACGCGUGGAAGCCGAUGAGAGAUUAAAAAGAUAUGAAAUUGACUUAAAAUCUUGUUAAUUAAUAAUCAGCCCUAUCGGCAAUUCCAUGUGAAUAACUCGUUUCCAUAAUUUAAGAUGCAAAAC